AUGAUAGAUGCUGAUCGCACCCAUGCCGCAUCCACGACCACCGGAAUAAACCUACACCGGCGCCCCAAAGUCCCCCGCCGUCUCUCCUCCGCUACGCUCCCCGACAAUACACGCACCGUCAACUUUGUCAGCGCCAAUCCCAUUCCUGAAUCAAAUGUUACUCGCAACCCCAUUCGCCCCAGAAAAAAUGGAAAGCUUAUUCCCCGCGCCCUCUCCUUGUUCUUGCGCAAGAAAUCCACCGUGGCGAGCCUUACUGAGGCCGAGAGCCAGCUCGCCAGAAUGGCAUCUUCGAGCAAGGCCCACGAUAUACCUGGCUGCCGAACCCCAAACAUUACCUUUGUUGAUUUCAUGACGCCAGUGGAGCGAGAACAGAAGUUGAAGAUAGUCAUUGAAAGCACUGUGACUGAGAGUGUGGACGACGGUUUCGACAGAACCGUAGAGGGCGUGGCGAAGCAACCUUUUCAGGAUAUCGCCGUCGUAAACCUGCAAGAUAAUGUGGAUACGUGCAGCUCACCAGUUUCCCCGUUGAGUCCUUCCUUUGACUCAAUCUUUCCUGUUCGAGUCAAGAAAAGGAACCCCGUUGAGGUGGUGCAGCUCCAUCGGCUAAAGUCGAUGCAGAGGUUGGGCAUGGAGGCGUACAAGGAUGUUAUGGAGAAGUAUCCUAUGAGCGCGGAAGAGAGGGCGCUAGCUUACAGGUGUUUUUGA